AUGGCAACGACGGCGUCUAAGAUAAAGCGGGUAGUGCUUCUUCAACCGGCAUCAGCCGGCGGUAAUUUUGAAUACAUCGCUAUCCCGCGGCAGGGGAUGUUGUUCCUGUCCGGGGCGCUUGCCCAAUGGGAAGGCGAAUACCUGUACGACCGGGAAAUAUGGUUCGAAGACCGCUGCGGCGUAAUCGACCCGGAUAAAGACUUGGACGGGGUGGACAUCCUGAUGGUCACCGCCCUGAUUAACGAGGCCCCCCGAGGGUACCAGGUCGCGCGGCAAGCCAAGCAAUACCAUCCGGACAUCAUCACCAUCGGCGGUGGGCCUCAGAUGGGCCCUCUCAGCCAGGAAGCUUUUGAUAACGGCCAUUUCGAUGUCAUAGUUCAACGGGAAGCGAGGACAUCAUUGGCCAGCUUUGCGACAUCCUGCUGUCUUACAAGCAAGGUAAUCCAGCAGUUCCUCGGAUACCGCUUGAUUUCAAGAGAGACGGAAAUCAAGCGGCUGACCCAACUGCGCGACCUGGCUGCCGAUGGACUGAUUCAUAGCUCCCGCAACGGCAAAUUCCAAGUGUUCAUAUCGGAUGACCUGCACCCGCCGCCGCUCCGGGCCGUUAAAUACCGCAACGAGCGGUUAGAGCGUCUCCACGGCUGGAAGGGUCAUACCGACGACAUGUACAUGAUCUGCCAAGCGCGUGCCGAGAUCGGACAGGACGCUGAGUUAGCCAACGCUAUGACAGACGCCAACAUUAAAAUGGCGUACAUCGGCGUUGAGUCGGACAAUGCGGAGAACCUCAAGCUGGUCAAAAAACGCCAGGAAGGGACCCGGUCAAAUGCACAAAGACUUGGUGACUCUUAA